AUGGCGGGAAAGGCGGAUAGAGCGGCCAUCGAAAAAGCCCAGCAAGUCCUCUACGAGGAGGGGACCAAGCUACGACAAGAGGUGUUUGGACUGCAGCACAUUGCGAGCUCGAAGUCACUCUCCAGCUUCCAGCAGCCGCUCCAAACUAUGGCGGUCACUGCGGGAUGGGCCAUGUGUUGGACGAGACCUGGGUUGGAACGCAAGACUCGCUCUCUGCUGUGCUUGGUCAUGCUGGCAGUUCUGGGCCGUGAUCACGAAUUGGGCGUUCACGUUCGCGGCGCCAUCCACAACAAGUGCACCGAGGAGGAGAUUCGGGAAGCCUUGUUCCAGGUAUCAGUCUACGCAGGAGUGCCUGCAGCUCUGAAUGCUACCAGAGUUGCAGAGACCGUCCUAGAUAGUAUGAAGAGCGAGGGUCAGCUGGAGUGA